AUGAAGUGCAUCGUCCUUACCGUACUGCUAUGCGCUGUAGCGCUUGAAGCCACGCCCCAUAGACUGGGUUUAGUUGGGGCCGAAAUUGGUAGCGAAAUCGGAGCAGGUAUAGGUGACACAAUUGGAACGGGCGUUGGCCUUGGUAUUGAUGGAGUUAGUGCUGUAGGAGACACUGCAAUAGGAGCUGGUUUAGGUGCAGUUGGACUGGGUACAGGUGUUGCAAGAGGAUUGGGAACAGGCUUGGCUAACGGUUUGGGAGUAGGAUUAGGCUUGGGUGGUCAAAUUUCGCGCGGUCAAUCUGGAUACGCUAAUGGAGGAAAGUACGGUAACAACCGUGUCAGCUCCGGUGCAAGCGGUAUUACUAACCAAGGAUACCACAACGAAGGAGCUAGUAAUUUCCACGACCGGGGACAACACAAGAACAAAGUCACUUCCAUCACUCAAUCUGAGCAGUCCGACGCACAUGACAUUGGCGGCGGUCAAGCGUACAACACUGGCGCCCACGGUAGCAGUGCCUUCAACAAACAUCAUAAUGGUAACAGCAAUUACGGCAGUAACUACGGCCAGGGAAAUGAAGGACACGAGAGAAUUAUAGAU